AGCCGCCCCCAAAACUCGCGCCCAACUCCCGGCCCGAGUUGGGAAACUUUCCCCCCCGCCCACCCCCGGCGGGGAGAGCCGCCCCGGGGAUGCUCCCCCGGCCGUCCCGAGUCUCGCCGCUAUCCCUCCUGCUGCCGCCGCCGCUGCCGCUGCUGCUGCUGCUGCUGCUGCUGUUGGGGCCCGGCUGCGGCGCGGCCGCCGGGGGUCCGUCGGAGCUGAGGGUGCGGGUGCGGCUGGCCGAUGGGCAGGUGACGGAGGAGAGCCUGCAGGCCGACAGCCAAGCAGACUGCAUCGGGCUGGAGCUCCGCAAGACCGACGGGACGCUCAUCACCUUCACCGCUGACUUCAAGAAGGAUGUGAAGAUCUUCCGGGCCCUGAUCCUGGGGGAGCUGGAGAAGGGGCAGAGCCAGUACCAGGCCCUCUGCUUCGUCACGCGCCUGCACCGCAGCGAGAUCAUCCCCAGCGACUCCAUGGCCAAGCUGCGGCAGAAGAACCCGCGGGCUGUACGGAAGGCCGAGGAGGUGCGGAGCCUGGAGCAGCUCCACAUGGACAUGGCCGUGAACUUCAGCAGAGGGGCCCUGCUGAGCCCCCACAUCCACAACGUGUGCGCUGAGGCAAAGGAGGCAAUCUACACCCGUGAGGAGGAUGUUAAGUUCUGGCUGGAGAGAGGGGUGGACGGCUCCAUCUUCGAAGCCCUGGUGCGGCCUGCGGAGGCCCCGGGCCUGCGGCGCUGCGGCCUGGUGUCGGACCGCUGGAAGCCGUGCCUCUGUCGCUACGGGCUGAGCCUCGAGUGGUACCCCUGCCUCCUCAAGUACUGCCACAGCCGAGAGCCCGGCGGACGCGCCACCGCCUACAAGUGCGGCAUCCGCAGCUGCCAGAAGAGCUACGGCUUCGACUACUACGUGCCGCAGAAGCAGCUCUGUCUGUGGGACGAGGACACCUAGCCGGACCCGGGGGGGAGGGUUUGGAGGGCGGAGAGAGGGGCCGGAGGCAGGUCUCCCCCUGCCUUGUUUGGGGGGGACCCCUCUAAACCGAAGGCCUCUCCCCCGCUCCACAGCUCUCCCCCUUUGACUGUGAAGAGGGGCGCGGCCGAGGCAGGGGUUAACCCAAGAAGGGGACCCCUCCCUCUCCCCAACCCCUCCCCCCAGGCCCCCCGAGGCUGACAUCAGUGUUUUGCGGAGUAGGAGAGGAGGAGGAAGAGGGGGUUCCGACCCCUAACCAGACACCUCCCACCGCUACCUACUCAAUGUUUUCGCCCUCACAUCCCAAUGUGAUGUUCACUCUUUGAAGACCGGCCUCCCCUCCCAAACUUGACCUUCCUUCCUUGGAGGUGCCCCCUCCUCCCUUUAGCCCUCCCGGCGGGUGGAAUCUGGGCUAAACUGGGCCACAGAGGAGGGUGUCGGGUGAAAGGGGGGUCGGAGGAUGGAGAGUCACCUUGCCACGGCAUCACCCCAAUACCUCCUCAUCAGCCCUCCCAUCCGCCGUUCCUCUGGGACAUCUCGAGGCGGGGACGAAGGACUUCCUCUCCCUCCGCCCCUCUCCACGACUUCUUCACCACGUGCCUUUUUAUCGGGGACAUAAAGCCACCCCGACUCAUUUUUGCCAUUCGUAGACAAGGAUUAUUUUUUUAUCGAUUGGGGGUGGGCGGGGGGGGGCGGGUGAAGUAUGAAGUACGAGGGAAAACUUGAAUUCCAGAUUUUUAAAGCAAAGUAUUUAUCGUUUGUACCAGAAAUAAAAUAACUUUGUACUUAA